AUGUCGAAUUUGCUCUGGAACGUGUCUUGCGAACUGGUGAGAGGAUGUUUUGAUGCUUUCAAAGGUCUAUGGUUUGUCAGCCAACUGGACAAAGAUGAAGAGUAUGUCGUAAUCAACAGUGCUCCUCGGGUUGCACCGAAAACUGUUAUGCAGCAGAGACGUGAACAGCGGGGUACUGUUGCACGGCCUGCGGAAAGGAUUUAUCGACGUAGAGAACGUGUUUGGAAGCGGGUACUUCAAUGCCUCGCAACUAACGCAGGUGUUUGGAUACUAGUUUGGGCAUUGCUCAAAUUAUGUUCGUCGAGUAACGACAUGUCUGUCGGGAUUUUCGGCGCUUGUUUACGUACAUUGAAGCUCGAUCCACCUCCCAGCGUGGAGUUUAGCACGGCACUGUCUGAUUUACUAGUCUCGCUUCUCUUGGGAUGUGUAUUUCUGGCUCAAGGGCUGCUUGUGUCAUAUCUUCCGCUUCCAAGAUUCAUAUGCUCUGCCAUAUCUUUCAUUCAUUUGUCUCUUCUCAACUCUAUGUACAGUUUCGAAUAUUUCUGGUCAUCUCGCAGUGUACUACUUCACAAGCGCAUUGAAAGGCUUGAGGCUUACUUGCCAUAUUUUAUUGGUUUUGGUGCUCCUCUCACAUUUGUAUCUACUCUGAGCAGCAACUUUUUGCUUAACGGAAGCGUUUUCGGCAUUUUCUUCCCUCUGUUCAUAAUCAGCUCUUAUAAGGCUUCCUGGGAAAGGCCAAAGGAGUCGAAACGACCUACUCCGGAAUUGUGGUUCCAGAACGUACCACUCAUUAACAAUUUUAACAUAUUUUCGUGGCUGGUCCACAAUUUUGUAAAUACUGUAUAUAUUAUAAUAUGGGUAGUGUCAUUCGUUAGGGAUGUCACAGCCCGGAAUAGAGGGUCUAGCGCCUGUAGCAAGAAAUCGAAGGUCGUUCGUGAGCUUGUUCGUGAGAUCACUGGUUUUGCUCCGUACGAGAGACGUGUUCUCGAAUUGCUGCGUAUAUCCAAAGAUAAGCGAGCUCUGAAGUUCCUGAAGAAACGAGUGGGUACCCAUCUCCGUGCCAAGAAGAAGCGAGAAGAUCUGCAAGGUGUCAUCGUCGCUCAGCGGAAACACCACAAGUAA